UUUUCGCGCUUUUUCUCUGUGCAAACCAUUUCAAUGGUAGCUCCUGAAUGCUUCAACGAGAUCGUUUCGAGCUAUGUCUAGAGCUUCAAUAAUGCAGAGAUCGUUUUAUUUAGCCGGCCAGCUUGUGAAGAGUCGAUGGUUUUCGACGAAUUCCGAGAAAAUUGUUGCGUCUGUACUGUUCGAGAGGCUGCCAGUCGUGAUUCCGAAGAUUGAUCCCGUUGUCUAUGCAUUUCAGGAGUUUAAGUUUAGGUGGCAACAGCAAUACCGACGCAGAUAUCCUGAUGAAUUUCUAGAUAAAGCUAAUGCCAGGGGAAAAGGUGACUACCAAAUUGAUUAUGUUCCAGCUCCACGGAUAACUGAAGCUGACAAAACAAAUGAUAGGAAGUCACUGCGGAGAGCACUUGACCGAAGACUCUAUCUUCUUCUCUAUGGUACCACUAUUGGGGCACCUGAUAAGAAACCCGUCUGGCACUUUCCAGAAAAAGUUUACGAGACCGAGGAGACGCUACGCAAAUGUGCAGAGUCUGCCUUAGAGUCCAUCCUUGGAGACCUUUCUCAUACAUAUUUUGUCGGAAAUGCUCCGAUGGCUCAUAUGGUUGUACCACCUACAGAAACUACACAAGUUCCAUCUUUAAAGCGAUUCUUUUUUAAGUCUCAAGUGAUUGCUACCAAUAAAUUCAAUAUUGGGAAAUGUGAAGAUUUUGUAUGGGUUACAAAGGAUGAAGUGAUGGAGUAUUUUCCUGAUCAAGCUGAAUUUUUCAAGAAGAUGAUCAUCAGUUGAAGGAAGUAGAUUGAUUGUAUAAGCCUCACAAUAGAGACUGUUUGAGUCACCAAAUUCAUGGUUAGUGUGUAAGUGACAUAGUGAAUUUAGUGUUGUUACAAUAAUUGCUAAAAUUAAGAGAUAGCUAAAUUGAAAUUGUCGAGAGUUUAAGCUGGAGGCUUAGUUUGUUGUUUUGAUGUAAAAUGGAUGAGGAUACCAAUUUCAUCGCUAUAGAUUCUGGUUCGAUCCUUUUAUUUUGAUUUCUCGAA